CGGUCGGCUCGCAGAGACAGCAGGAUGCCAAGGGGAGCACUCCGACACACGGCGUCCGUUUUACCGUCCCCCGGCGUCGUCUCUCGGCCACAGAAACUCUGAUGGGCGUUUUUAUCUUCCUUUUACCGUCCUCGACGCUUGGAUAUUUUCGGAAGCCACGAAAUGAAGCGAAUGAAUGUGAGCAACAAGAAGUGUCCUGUUGUUGUGCCUGUCUCCAGCAUCACUAGUAGUCAAGUCCUCUCUGUGGAUGCGGUGCCUCUGUGAUUUUUUCCCUAGUUGUCUUGUUUUCAGAGGAUUUUUGUAUGUAGUGUUCAGUAGCGGACUACCAAACUUUUCCCCGCUUCUUUUUGUUGUGUCUUUUUCGAGGUUUUCCGCCUUUGAAACAAAGAUUUCAGGAUAGACCAACUCCGGAAAACCCAGCGACUUGACAUCUGCUCCCGGCGGAAUAACCAUUGUUAGCGGUUAUUCGCCCUUUGUACAAGCAUCUUCUCUGGGCCACGCUGGAAGUCGCCCCCCAUGUGGCCGUCGGGAGUGGGGAGCAGGCAGCCCUGCCCGCGGGAGUCGGCGCUGCGCAAGGCGGCCAUCAGCGGCAACAUCAACGCCCUGCCGCACCACGUCCCCACCGGCCGCAGCGUCCGGGUCUUCAUCUGUGCCAACCCCGACGACACAGAGGCGGAGAGGAACGCACUGAAAGAGCACGUCUACCCCAAACUACGAGACUUCUGCAGGGAGAACUAUGGGAUUGAAUUCCAGGUGGUGGACCUGUACUGGGGCGUGGACCCAGAGGAGUGGGACAGUCCAGAGCUGCAGCGACUCCGAAUGAAGCUCCUGGAGGAAUGUCUAAAGACCUCAGCGGGACCGUGUUUUGUCGGUCUGGUGGGUGAAAAGUACGGCAGCAUCCGAGUGCCGGGGGAGGUGGAGUCAGCGGAGUUUGAGAUGAUCUUGGAUGCAGCUGUGGAGGCGGGGCUGGACACACACAUCUUGGAAGAGUGGUACUGCAGGGAUGAAAACUCUGUGCCACCCGCAUACUACCUCAAACCCAAAGCCCAAAUGCUCAAGAACUACCAGAACUCUAUGGAGUCCAGCAGCGCUGCCAAGACCAAGAAUGACAAGGCCUGGAGGAAUGUGUCGGAGGAGAUCAAGAGGAUCUUCCGAACAGCGGUGCUGCAGCUUCAGGAGAAGGGGACCAUGAAGAGCGCUCAGGCCAAGAAAUUCCUUUGCUCUGCCUUGGAGGAUGAAUUGGACUUCGCCCUUGGGAAACAAACUCCUGCCUUUCUCAGGAAAUGUGUCUGUUACAUUCGCAAGAUCUCCAACUUCGACCGCUUCGCCAAAAUCCCCGAGAUGACCCGAUACAUGGACAUCGUGGUGAGCGGCGACCGCAUCAUGCGCAACCAGGAAGCCUACGAGCGCCUUCUGAAGGUGCGGGACGAAUUCAUCCCCACAGUUGUUGCUGCCUCCAACCUCCGUGUCUACUCUUCGGUCACGCACUGCGACAUGAAGCUCGGCUACUCCCAGGAAGUGGAGAGCCACUACGUAGAGGGUCUGUGUAAACAGUUCUACGAGGACAUGGUGGAUAUCAUCCAAGCCACGGUCCAGCAGAACUUUGACACGGAGACGGACCCGCUGUACGACGAGAUCCUGCAGCACCUGUCCCUCUGUAAAAGCUACGCGGCACUCUACGAGUUCAAAGCCGAGUCAUUGGAUUACGUACAAGAGUACCUUAUGCCGUCUAAGGGGAGCAGAAUGAGCCCCAUGGUGGUGUACGGGGGACCGUGCACUGGGAAGACGCUGCUGCUGUCUGAGGUGGCCAAACAGGCCUACACGUGGCUGCAGAAAGAGAUGGGCCCUGAAACCGAUCCAGUGGUCAUCGUCCGUUUCAUUGGCUCCAGCCAGCUCUCCACAGACCUACGCAGCCUCCUCCAGAGCAUUUGUGAACAGAUUGCAAUAAACUACCGCUGCCUGAUUCACUUUUUGCCUAACAAGAUCCAGGAGAUGAGGGAGCUCCUGAUCAACCUUCUAGGGGAAUCUUCAUUCCACAGACCCUUGGUCAUCGUCCUGGAUGCCCUGGAGCAGCUCGCAGAUGGCGACGAAGUUCGCAAGCUGUGGUGGCUCCCCGUACAUCUGCCUCGGACAGUCCGCAUUGUAGUCUCAACGUUGCCCAAUAAACAUGGCAUCCUGCAAAAGCUCCGACAACUCAUCCAUGAUGAGGGGUAUUAUGUGGAACUAUGCCAGAGGGACCGCAAGGUCUGCAGCCAAACAUUAAAACAGCAGCUGCUGGGGGUGAAGAGAAAGGUCACUUCAGGCCAGCAGAUCUAUGUCAAUGAGGCGCUUGCCAAGUGUACAUUGCCAAUGUUUGUCAACCUCAUCUACAGAGAAGUAGUUCAUUGGAGGUCUCACAAAGAUGUGGACGACAGGUCCCUGUGCUCCACAGUGCAUGAGAGCAUAGAACAGCUCUUCUACUCGGUGGAGAACAAGUUGGGCCAACGGUUUGUCUUUAGAGCAUUAGGGUACAUCACCAUGGCCAAGGCUGGGCUAACUGAGGUGGAGCUGGAAGAUAUUCUGUCCCUUGAUAAUAUCGUUCUUGGGGAUGUCAUUGUGGCAACAUAUCUCAAAAACCCCUUGAGAAUCUCUUAUGAUUUGGUUGCAAGGCUCAAAGAGGAGCUGGACGGUUAUCUGGUGGAACGACAGGUACGUAACGUCACCUUGAUGGUUUGGGCCAACAGACACCUGCAUCUCAUUGCCCAGAAGCUGUAUCUUAGCAACGAGGAGGAUGUCCAUCAAAUGCACAGCCUCCUAGCAGAGUACUUCCUGGGGGCAUGGUCAGGAGGCAGAAAGAAGAUCUUCACUUAUGAUAACAACCAUUUCACUUCCCUGAAUAUAUCUCAUCACAAAAACCCCCACCAUCAGCAGGCCCAUGAAAAAGCAUCCUCUGACAAGUACUCUUAUGACAGACAGACUCCAGAGCAGCCUUGGGUGUUCCAGUGUAAUCUUUUGGAACCUGACAUCUUCUUUGUCAACCAUAGGAAGAUGACAGAGCUGGUGUACCACCUAACCAGGAGUGGGCGCACUGAUGACCUCAUGUUUGGCGUCAUCAUGAACUUCAGCUGGCUGUACACAAUGAUCAAGAUUGGCCAGUUUGAAAAGGCUUUAACAGACAUUGACCUAGCUUACAGCUACACCCAAGAAAAAGAGUUGAAGUUCCUGGCCACCACUCUCCGUAGCAUCAAGGUAAAAGUGCUGAAGAACCCAGCAUCGCUGUCUGCAGAACUGCAACAAAGGCUUCUGCCUGUUGUCACCUCCCUCCCCAAGCUCAGACACCUCCUCCUGGAGUGUGACAAAGAUGGCCCGAAGUACUGCUCCAUUGUGCCUCUCCACUCCUCUAUGGACGUCACCUACAGUCCAGAGAGGCUUCCUCUGUGCUCGAGCUACAUGCAGAUUGUGGAGAUCUUGCCCACUCUUGCCCCAAACAUAGUCCUUGUAGCCCUUGAAGAUGGGUCUGUCAGCACCUGGGAUGUUGAGAGCAGACAACUUCUAAGACAGAUUGACACGGCCAGAUCUGUUGUGCUGGGAAUAAGACUAACCACUGAUGAAAAGUAUCUGGUCGUGGCCACAACCAAAAACACGCUGCUCAUCUAUGAUAAUCACAAGUCCUGCCUUUUAUCCGAGGUUGAAAUCAAGGGGUCCAAGCAUGGUGGUGUCGCUGGUGGGGUGGCCUUCAUCAAUGGUUUUACGCUGUCCACCCAUCAUGCUUUGGCCUGGCUUGAGGCGAGUAAAGACGUCAACGUCAUUGACCUACUCUACGGUUGGCCUCUCUACCAGUUCCAUUGCUGGUAUGAGGUGACUUGUGUCCAGUGCUCUCCAGAUGGAAUGUAUGCCUUCUGUGGCCAGUACCUCAACACUGCAUCCAUCUUCCAUCUGGGAAAUGGGGACAAGUUGGCCACUGUGACAUCAGAGUUUUCUGGGGGAUUCGUCAAGUCCAUUCUUGUUCUGGACACCCUUAACCAAAUGGUGAUGGUUGACAAUGAAGGCAGUUUGUCAGUAUGGAACACCAAAGAGAUCACCAACCCACGUCUGAUGGAGGAUUACGAUUGUAGAGGGGACGACAGUGAAGUGGUGGGCAUUGAGUUAUCCGAAGACCAACGCUCCAUUCUCAUUUGCAAAGCCAGAAGUAUCGAGGUCCUGGACACAAAAGUAUGGAAAAUGGUGGAGAAGUUUAAGGCAAAACGCACUGAACGCUUUGUCGCUGCUGUUCUCUCCAAGAACGGACAAAGCAUUGUUGCCUCCAUGGAAAACACCUCCUCCAUCUUUGUUUGGAGAAGGGACAGUGGACAGUGCAUGGCCAGCCUCAUUGAGAUCUCAGGGGCUAUUGUCAAACUCAUCAAAUCCGCCCACCACAACCUGCUCCUUUCUGUUGCCAGCAGUGGAGUGCUAUCUGUUUGGGACAUUGACAUAAUCACCGCAAUGUCCAAUAUCGACAAAACAGGCAAGAAGAUCCAGACCUUGCAGCUGUCUGGCAGAGAGGAUUAUGUGUUUACCAUGGACGGUUCAGAAGCUGUCCACAAGUGGAACUUCAGCACUGGUUUUAUCGAGACAGUCUUUAAGCACGAGGGCAUAGUGGAGAACUGUGUCCUAACCUCCUCAGGGGAUCUCAUGGUGACUUCAGACGACAAGUCCAGUCAGUACAUCUGGCAAACCAACACCGGAGAAAACAUCUUCCGCAUCAAUGGACAGAGAAUAUCACAGCUGCUAAUCACCCACAAUGACCAGUUCGUGGUGUCCCUCUGUGAGCAGAACGCCUCCAGAGUCUGGAGGCUCGGGACUGGGCACAAAGUGUGCAACAUCUUAGUCACCCUCCAGAACGCACUCAUCACUACAGCAAACACUUUUCUCGUGGGAACCUCCAAAAACAAGCUCCUCGCCGUCAGCCUGUGGUCGGGCAGCGUAUCCAAGAAAUUUGUCUGUGAUGAUGGCAUUACCAUCGUCAACUUCAAGCUCAUUCCUGACUGUCCCGACUGCGUGGUGUUCAUCACAUCCACAGAGACCGUCUUCAUCUGGAGCGUGGCAGACGAGUCCGUUUGCAGGCGAGUCCAGCUGCCCACCAAUUUCCUUAAAAAUCUAGAGGACUUCCAGAUCUCGCCCAAUGGAAAACUGGGAAUAGUCUCCAAGGGUGAUGAAAAUAUUAAUGUCCUCGAUCUUCACAGUGGGAAGUUGAGGCUUGUCCACGCCGCCGGUAUUAUUUGGCGUCAGAAAUUAUCAAGAGAUGGACGUUAUCUGGUGUACGUCUGUUUCCGGAACUGUGAUGAAGACGACGAUGCUGGCGUUGUGUCCAAUCUGAUCGUGAUGCGCCUCGCUGAUGGCAAGAGCAUUGGCACAUGCUCCCUCUACAAGACGCCCACCUUCCUGUCUCUCUCCCAGCGAGCACUAAACAUCAUCAUUGGCUUCGAGGAUGGCAGCAUCGGCACAUACACAGUCGUGGAUCGUGUGGAUGCUGCCCUCAAGAUAAAGAUAGCCACCUCCAACAGCCGACAGAUUGUCAACAAUGCCUCGCAGAAGGUGCGGCCCAAAUGCGGCAAUCAUUCCUUUAAGACCGUUGCCGACUGCAUUUGGAGGGAGUCAACUGAGGUCUUCUCCAGGGACAGCCCUAUAAACGUGUCUGACUCCGGUGAAGGUGAGUCGACCACGCCUACAAAAAAGACUGAACUGCUGCAGUGAUAGGUGGAGACCAGAGGAGUGGGUGGAGGUAGGACAGGCAGGCGGAGCUAGGUGAUGAAGUUUAGAAUCUCUGGGGUUGCAGUUGAUUCUUGUUUACAGCCACGUGAUUCAGCUGCAGAUGUCAGCCCUCUGGGUAGUUAAUGGGCCGACCGUUUUAACGCUGCACUUAAAUUAUGUAUUACUUACUUCCAACUUAUGAUACAGUGUCUCUUUGUUUUACACACAAGACUGUUAGAUGUUUUUGAAAAGAAGAAAAAUGUAAAAUUCUGUGAGGUAUUAGUUUGCCAUUAUGUGUCCUUUUGCAUUUGAAGAACAAAGUUAUUAUUCAAAUGUCUUGGUCAAACAUUUCCAAAGCCAUUCCAGUGAUCUUAGCCACUUUCAUUGUACAUUAUCUUUAUUCAACCCAAUCGCCAGAAAAAAAAAGUUGGCAUCGUACAUUUCUGCAAACCACAGAUAUGUCACAUUUGUACAUACAUAUGUAGUUGAUAAGUUGAAACGUUAUGUUUCACCAAGCUGUGGUUAACAUGUAGUUAAGUUUAGGCACAAAAAUGGCUUGGCUAUGGUUAGGGAAAGAUCAAGUUUUGCCUUAAAAUACCUGUUUUUUGGGGCACAAUCCUGACUUGAAAGGCAGUGAUGUCUUGGUAGAAAACAACUGGUUUUUGUGGCACUAUACCCGCUGGAAAAACAGCAAUUAUUCAAUAAAAACACCCACGUUUUGGGGCUGAAAAGCCGCUGUAAAAAAAAAAAAAAGCCACAGAUUUCUAAAAAAAAAACACCUAAGGUUGGGGGCUAUGUUUAAACAAUGCUGUGAUUCAUAUGUGGUUAGAUUUAGUCAAAGUAACCACUUGGUUAUGGUUAAGAAAAGAUUUGGCUUAAAAUAGUCUCUUCUUGUGGCACUAUCCCUGCUGGAAAUGCAGCAAUGUCUCUGUAAUAAACAAUCCCCUUUUGUGGCACUAUGCCCAGUGGAAAAGCAGCGAUGGGUUGCUGAAAAACACCCACAUUUGGUGCCCAAAACCUGCUGAAAAUAUAGAAAUAACUCGCUAAGAAAUAAGUACUUUUGUUGAUUGUUGGUCCUGAACAGCUGUCUGCAGCUUGGCAGGCUUAUACCUACUUCUUGUGUCACUAUCCUGGCUGGAAAUGUAGCAAUGUCUUGGUAGAAAAACAGAUGCUGUUCAUGGCACUAUACCCAAUCAAAAAAAACAGCGACAAAUUUCUAAAAUACAACACCCACAUUUUGUGCCACAAAGCUGCUGGAAACACAGCGAUGACUUGCUAAAAAAAAGUAACUGCUUUUGUUGACUUUUGGUCCCUAACAGUGGUCUGCAGCGUGGCAGGCUUAUACUUGCUUUUUUGUGGCACUAGCCCCGGUGGAAAAACAGCGACAAGUCACUCAAAAGAGACCCACAUUUGGUGCCUAAAAAGCUGCUUGAAAACAGCAAUUAGUUUCUAAAAAGCAACUGGUUUUGCUGUUUGUUGGUCUUGAACAGUGGUCUGCAUCUCACCGAGGCGACACACCAUCCACCAUUCCCUCCACCUCCCAGUGACAAACUCAGCUUAGUCACCACAUCACUUUAGAGACGUUGAUAUGUAUAAAACAUGGAAAUGUAACAAUAUUCGCCGUUAGCAGAGACAUACAAUGCCAAUAUUUCCUUCUGGCGUCUGGGCUGCUUUAUUUUCAUUGUGCACAUUAAGCCAUACAAGUAGAUUUAUGUUUGUAUCAACAUCAGUCGGUACUGUACAAAAAAAAGGAAGAACUAUGAACAUAUGUACAUAUCCCUUUUUGGCUGCUGCAAUUUGUGCAACUCCUUAAAAAUGUUAUGUUGUGCUUAAUGCAAUCAAAGUGAGUGCCUGGAAUUUAAAAUGUUCUUUAUGUGCAGAUUACAAGAUUUAUGAAAAUGCAGGGAAUUUGUAAACACAGUAUACACACAGUUACAUAAUACUUGCAUUGAUGUUAAAUCUAAAGGAUCAGCGUGCUGAAAUCAAGUCAACAACACGAGAGAUCGACGGCAUUGCUCUUUGUAAUGAUAGCUGUAGAAAUUUCUCGGAACAGUUUACGUAAAUUUGGUGUGAAUUUACCGGCAGUUCCAUCAGUGUGUGUGCCGUUUGUUUUAAGGGAAACACCACUAUUGAGCAUACAGUGUAGCAUAGCACCAUACACAUUCACGCCUUAACCAGUGUACUUGCUUUAGGUUUAGUGGAGUUUGUUCAAAUGUUCCAGUAGAAAAGGACAGAGUGAUUAGCCCAAUGUUUCACUGAAACAACUCGGCCAUGUGAAUAUACUUAGAGGUUUAGACAGUAGGUGGAUGCACUUUAUGAGUGGUUUGUGAGAAAUUAUUUAUUCAUAUGAAAAUGUGUAGAUUGUUUAACGUGUUAUAGAGUUGUCUUAAAAUAGGUUUUGGAUUUGCCUACAAAAAUACACAAGGCCAUCCAGGUACUUGCAGGCUACAGCUAACUCACUUGAAAUGCUACAGUCUCUUGAUAGAUGCCUGGCAUCAGUAAAAACAAAAACAAAAAAACAAUUAAGAUGCCAUUAGCUUAACAACUUCUAGCAGUCAGGAAAUUGGAAAUUUAUGGGAUCAAAUAAGGGUCAAUAAGAUUUUGAGCUUGUGAAAUGAUGUUUAGAGUAAUAUGAAAACAUUUGGUUGCAUAUCUGCUUUUGUUAACCUGUGAAAAAAAACUGCAUGGAAAAUUCAAGAUUGUGAUUGUGUAGGGGAAAAUGUAGUUGUAGAAAAAAAAUUGAGACUGUCAACAUCAAAUAAAUAAAUGUAUAGUAAUAUAUAAAAACACAAAAUUCUAAAAUUGUAUCAACUGUGAGGUUACCCAGAAAAAACCUGCUUUUGUGAGAACAGAUUCAAAACAGAAAACAUUUCAAAGAAUACUUCUCCUCCAAAUGGUCAUUUAGAUAUCAGUUACUUGCCUUGUGUUACGUUGAAUUCAUAAGGAAAACUGUUUUUCUCGCAUGCCUCUAUGGUGACCUAAGAAUCCAAAAAUGGAGAAAAUUCUUGUUGAACUGAAGUCAUUGGGGGCUGCGUUUAUAGUAGAACUGUAUCAAAACAUCCGUUUACAAACUCACGCAAUUCAUUCAGUAUAAUCCAAGUGUCAAUUAUCCAGUCACAAAAACAGAAUUUUACCUCACUGAACACAGGCGCUGCCUCAGUCUGUAGUUUGUGUAUGACUUUGGUGAGUCCGAACUAACCCUUUAAAACACCAGAGUUACAAAAUAAUACCAACUAAUUAACCGAUUGAGGCAGCAGUAGACCAAAAGCUCCCGUGUUUUGGGAAGUAAAAAUUACUUGGAAUUGAAGAGAGCAUAGAUAACUCUCACUUAUAUUUCAGUUCCCCGUCAGACAGGGCUGUCUGUUCAGGAAGUACUGAGCAUACGACUGGAGAAAUGAGACUUGGAUUGGACUGCAUGAGUCCAAGGUAUGGUUCGCUUCAAGUCCGCAGUGUGGUUCGCUUCAGCUGUGCACUGUGAACACUAAGGGUGCUUUCUAGGGAUGUCCCGAUCCGAUCCUCGGAUCCAAUCACGUUAUUUUUACAAAAUCGGAAUUGGUAAUAAAAGAUCGGAGGAAUAAAAACAACAAAAAUGGCCAGGUUUUUCAUCUGUGUUGUUCAUUGUUGCCUCUGCUUUCCAAUGUAUAAAGAUAUAGGCCUAUUUUGUUUGAAGACAAGAAGAAGAUAUUGAAUUUGUUUACAUUUUGUGCUGCUGAACCACCGAUAAGGUUUUUGGAUACUAUUGAAAUAAAAAAGAAACCUUAUGGGACAACUUGGAUGCAGUCUUUUUUUUUCUUUCCUAAUGCUUUGCAAAGUAUCGGAUCAGACUUGGUAUCAGACUCGGUUUCAAAAUAAAGGACUCGGUAUCGGAUCGGAUGCAAAAAAAAAAUGUGAUCGGGACAUCCUUAGUGCUUUUAGACCUAGAGUUGUCUUGGUUUGGUCCGAAUCAGGGACUGGUUUUGUUAUAAAGUUAUAUAAUUGCCGAGAGUUGGUUGAUGCAUGCAGUAUUUACAAGUGGACCAGAUCACAUGCCUUGUGUGAGAAAGCGGCUCUUGAUUGGUCAGAAUUUCCGUGCAGGAAAAAUCCAGGAAGUAAACCAAUCAUUGAAGAAGAGUACACUUGCAAGAUAAAUGUGACACUUUCUAAUGUCACAAUGGAGGGACAACUACGCAGGUUGAUUUUAGCGCUGCUCAUCGUGGACUAUAUUGCUGUCAUUGUUCAUUUUAGUCAAACCAUACAGUUUGAAAAUGAGGCGCGGCUCCAACUAGAAACACAUUCUCACUGCAAACGAACCGCACCAGAGUUCUGUUUGUAACCGGACCGAGACCACCUCUUCAAAAAGGUCUCGGUCCGGUUGUUUCGGUGCUUACCUGAGUGGGAUUGCUGUGUUCCCACCUGCCCAAAUGAACCACACUUUGGGGGCAAACGAACUUGAGUGCGAUUGAACCGAACCAAACAGGGCAGGUGUGAAAGCACAUUCAGAGGACUGAGUUUGCUUUGUUUUAAAAGGACUACAUGUGAAAACACGCACCGUUUUGCAGUUUUUAAACCUGGUCGCCUAUGAUUUUGAUUCUUCAAGAAUUUUCUCAGUUUUUGGAUUCUUCGUUCAUCUUUGAAAAAAAAACUUCACAAAUUCAGUUCAGUAAUUGAUAUACAAAUGGUCGUUUGGAGGAAGAAGGGUUCCCUUAGGUUACAAAUGUAAAUCUUUUGUUUUUAUGGCGAAAUUCAUGAACAAGAUAUUCAAUUUAAAUCACUUUUUUUCAUAUUUUCUUGUACUUCCUGCUUCAAAUCUGUACUUAGAUCACACGAAAGCAGUUCUGCUUGUCUUUGAGUCACCUCACUGUUGAAACUAUUUUUUGCACAAAUUUAUGUAGACAUGCUGAAAAUAUUUCUACAAAUACAAAUCUUUUCUUACAUAUUCACAGUGUUUGCAAGGGUGGUGAUACACAAUAUAUAUAUUUACAGUAUCUAUUAGCCUUAUGUGAGCCCAUAGAAACCUGGUGACAUCACAGCGGGCUGAAAUCAAAGCUGUUGAGAUCUGGUUUGCUGACAAUCUAAAAGAAGUUAUUUUUGAGUUCAUCUAUGAGGUUGUACCUUGCAGGUACCACGAUCGCAUGUCUGUAAUAACCUUGCUCCGAUGAGACCAAUCAUCUGCCAGGCAUGAUUGAAAACCACACACUUACACUUUGACAUAUACUUUUUAAGGGCUAUUCCAUCUUAUUGUAUGUUUACUAGGUUUGAACUGUUGAGACAAUGGCCCUUGGAUAAUUUCAAAACCGGGUAGCAGCAUCGAGCUUUAAAGUACUUUAUUUCCCUAAAGAGUUUCUAAAUUGAAAAAAGAAAUAUAUAAUAUGUAAUUGCCAAAGUCCCGAUUAUAGUUUGUGUUUCGUUUUGUCUGAUUUUGUUUUUUGAGGCUUGUACUGUAAUUAUAUUGUUACCAGAUUGUUUCAGUGUUCUACUGUGAUUAUGUUUAUGAUAGAGACAAUGUGCUAUCUUUGCUAAAAAGUUUAAAAAGAGUCCUCUUAUAAUAAAAUAUAUUGGAAUGCCAGUUUAAGAGUAUAUUUGAAUGUGUCCAUAUGGAAGCCAGUAAACGGUAUUAUUGUAUGUUCAGUAACUUGAAUGACUUUUAAUAACUUACAUGUUUGCAACUCAUAGUUGACAUACUGGUAUAAUGAAUGUUUCUAUGGUAUUCUUUGUAUCGUCAGGACUGACUUACCUGUUUAGAGAUUUAUAUUUUCAUAAAUGUUGUACUUAACAUUUUGUUACAGAGUUGUUUAACUGGAAUUCAAACAGAAAAGAAACUUAUGUCUGAAGCAAUAUGAAACUAGUGUGUAUGCAUCGUUUGUAUGGAACAUUUUAAUGUAAUAAAAUGGUUCAC